AUAAAAAGCACACAAUGGCUAAGGAUGCGCACAGUCAUCUCGUGAACGUCCUGGCGGCAACAUCAACGCGCAGCAGCUGAAACAACCGUUCGCCUCGUAACCGCUCGCUUAGGCUGCAUUUUUAGGCGCGUUUUUUGGAGUGAAAUUAAUUUAAAUUUCGGUGAAAAUGGCGGGUCCAUUUCUUUCGCCGCUACCGGGCGACCUCUUAACCGAGUACAUGUUCGGUCGGCGACGUCAACGACGUAAUCGCACAACGUUUACACCUCAGCAAUUGCAGGAGCUCGAGGCGCUCUUCCAGAAAACUCACUAUCCGGAUGUGUUCCUACGCGAGGAAGUAGCGCUGCGGAUCAGUUUGAGCGAAGCGCGUGUACAGGUGUGGUUCCAAAAUCGGAGAGCCAAAUGGCGAAAGCAGGCACGUUUACAACUUUUACAGGAUGCCUGGCGGAUGCGUUGCUUGAGUUUGGGCACGCCUACGGUUAUAGCGGCAGGAGAUCGUGUGCCACGAAUUCCUGGCGCGGCUGCAAUGAACGGCGCCUCGCCAACGGAAAUGACAGCAGAGAAUCUCAGCAGUGGCGCACAAGUGAAGGACGGACAUUUAUCGUCGCCUGAAGCAAUGCUCGCAGCUAAUGGACAAUCCAUGCCCAGCGAUUUUACAAUGAUGCACCCCGCAUUUCAACAACAACAGCAGCACACACAAAAAUUAGACGCAGAUCAAAUGGAGAAGGCGAAAAAUGACACUUCAAACAGCAAGAUUCCCAAUGGCUGCGAGAAGACUUACACCGAGUUAAAAUUGUACAAAGAACAUCAUGGUCAUGGGCUCGGUAAUGCUUUGCAGGCUCAUAUGAAUAUGAGUGGUUUGGUUGCGGAUCCGGGUGCUAUGGCCAAUGCUUUGGCUCACGGUUCGGAUGAAGGCUCCGAUGAUUCGGAUUCUGAAGAGAUCGAUUUAACGUCAGGUUCUUGCAUAGAUUUCUCGAGUAAUAAACAACAUUUAAUACAACAAUCACAACAACAACCGAUCGGUACAAGCGCUGCAACAAAUGGUGUGCAUUAGUUUUGAAUUGUAAUCUGAUUAUAAAUCCUUAUAAAUAACUUCCGCUAUAUUUAGGUAUACACACAUACAAAUAUAUGUAAAUAAAUAAAAUGUCACAGCUUACAGUAUGCAUCUCUA